ACGCCGCGCGUAACGACUGCAUGCGGCAGCUUUUGGCGGUACGGGCAUCGGAUUGAGGCACGUAGAUUCUGCGAUCGACGGGCUGGGUCGAGGAAGAUAGCGGUGGAAGAUUUCUUGCUGACGGUAUUAAAAAAGGAUUUAAACAUGGGGUCGGUAAAAAAAGUGCUGGUGUAUGGUGGAAAGGGAGCUCUUGGCUCUACCUGUGUCAGCACUUUCAAGUCCAAGAACUGGUGGGUGGGCUGUGUGGACCUGGCACCCAACGAGGAAGCGGAUGUGAACGUGCUGGUGAAGCCGACCGAUUCGUGGGAGGAGCAAAUGACGGCCGUGCUGGAUGGCGUCGAGGGCGCGCUGGCCGGCGAGAAGCUGGACGCCAUCUUCUGCUUGGCUGGCGGCUGGGCCGGCGGCAAUGCCAAGGCCAAGAACAUGGUCAAGAACUGUGACCUGAUGUGGAAGCAGAGCGUGUGGAGCUCGGCCAUCUCUGCCCACCUGGCGGCGCGCGCCCUGAAGGAGGGCGGGCUGCUGCAGCUGACCGGCGCCAAGCCGUCUCUCGGGGCCACCCCAGGCAUGCUGGGCUACGGUAUGGCGAAGGCGGCGGUGCACCAGCUGGUGCGGUCGCUGGGCGCCGAGGAGAGCGGCCUGCCGCCCGCCGCCACGGCGCUGGCGAUCCUGCCCGUCACGCUGGACACGCCCAUGAACCGCAAGUUCAUGCCGGACGCCGACCACACCAGCUGGACGCCGCUGGACUACGUGGCCGGACUGUUUGCGCAGUGGACUGAGACUGACGACCGCCCCAAAACAGGCAGUCUUGUGCAGCUGAUCACAAAGGAGGGCAAAACGGAGCUGAUCAACGCCGAGUAGUUGGUCACGGCACCGCUAUAUGGCAGUAGUGGCAUGCGCUGCUCGCUUGGUACGCGAAUGCUGCAUACUGACCGAUCUGAUCGAGUGAUUAAUGUCUGUUCGUCUUUGGCUGUCAUUUUUUAGCAUGUUGUGCUAUAACCUGUGCUCUGAUAGCGAUCAAGGACGUCGUCCAGCAAACACCCCGCAAUGUACGUGCAAUUUUCGUUUGGGAUCUGUGUUGGCUAGUUGAGGGCGAAAGAAUAGUUAAAAGUUGACAAAUAUUUCCGCGAAUAUUAACUGCCAUAUAAUGGUGCAAUAUGGACGAACCAACGACUGUUCAUUGGUUUAUAUUUUCUGAUGCUGGAAAUGGGUCCGAUGCAUUUGGCCGCCCAUAACAAGUAGCGCCGUUUUUUGUUUUUUUUUAGUCCGGCUCUAUAGAACAGGCUUGUUGGACGUGACAAGGGUGAGAAAUUUGCGAAAGGAGCAAAGACGGGAUAACCGGUGACGCGUUUCCAAGGUUGGACUGUUGACUAAUGUGCAGCUUGCCAUGCUCGCGGGAUAGGUUAGUGAGUUAGUAUGGUACGACACAGUGCAUCUCGUGCCAUUCCUGGGCCGGCAUUGUUCCCGCCGCCGCGGCGUAUUGGGUUACGUGUUUCAUCGCUGUCUUCGUCGAUAUGAAUGCAGCAUAUGGAGAUAACCGCAUGAAAGGCCCGAAGCCGGAGGCCGCCACUGAGUGCAACUUUUUGAUAAUUCUGCAUUUCGUUGAUGCUAUAGCACAGCUUGGCGGUGCCUAAAUGGAGAGCGUGUGGGAGACAUCGCUGCGGUAGCUCCUUGCGCCGCCAAUGAUGCGAAAGCUGUGCACUUUUGCGGCCGACCGGGUUACGUUGUUAUUUGAAAAGUACUCCAAGCUUUCGAAUAGCAACAAUCCACGUUGGCCAACGCGAGUCCUUUAUUGCUGCCGCAUCCUGCUUCUCGGCGGCGCCUUGGCCACAGCCAUCGUGCUUGUAGCGUCACGGGCAUGGACUCUGCACGCCAAUGUUAUUUACGGCCAAAAUUACGGCACGAUAUGAACACGUGGCAAGAGUGUCGUGCAGAAACAAAGGCCUCUGUCCGGUCCACUGCAAAUUAACGGUGGCCUUCGGCAGUGCACAAGGCACUAGUGUGUCAGUUUUGACAUUUCUUCGAAUUGCAAACUGAGAAUAAGCUUCAGAAGUAUGUGGCGAUGCUUGCCAUUUCGAUAAAAAAGAUGAAGUGGGUUGGUGGUCAAUAUCCAACAAAGAACUGAAAUGUUAUCUGAUUCACUCAGAAAAUUCGAAAGCCUAUUGAGAAGUAUCUGGUGCUUCUCGUGCAUGCGCCGCGACAAAACCCAAGCACGGAGUCUGGUCGCGUGUCGUUCAAACUUGACAUAGUUGUCUGGCUCACUUUGCAUGCAUUGCCGCAUCGUUCGCUGCCAGUCUCUUUACUAACAUGUUGUGGUGAUGGUCUUCCGUAGCUCUCGACGUGUGGCCCCGGCCGUCGCGCCGCGUAAUACUCAGAUGCAAGUGUUCGCCAGUAAUGUGUCAAUGUUGUGGUGUAUGCCUUGUCUAAUGGGACCAAGAACGAUGGCUGUUGGUGUCUGCUUCUGCACUGCGAAAAUAGCAGUGCGUGUAAUAAAUG